UCUGUCUAGUAACCUGAUCAGUGGUGCCCUCUCCACUCCUCUCCCCAAAAUAACUCUACACUCACCCUCUAAUUCUUCACUGGGUACAGACACUUCCACACCAGACUAUGGCAAAAAACACCAGGCAGAACGAGUGAGGUCACUCCUCCAUACUGUAGGUCCCCUCCAUGCCUGCUGCUGCACAGUUAUAGUUUGAUACAGGCCACAUAUUCAUCUGUUAGAUGUGGACGACGAGAUUGGAGAUUGGCAGUGUCUCUCAGAUAGAUCAGAUAGUUACUAUUGCUGAAGUUACUUUUUUGACCUAAACCAGGACUACAGUUUAUUUUUGGACCAGGACUAUUAAAUAGUCAAUAUGAUGUCAGACGAGUGUUUGGUGGAGUGUAAUAUUGAUGAUGAUGAUGAUGAAGAUAAAGAUGAUGAUGUGAAGGAGAUGCACCCGUCUCCGCCUCCUCCUCCACAGUUCUCCUCCACCCCGUCCCUCACUUGGGGUGAGAUCAGAGAUCCCUGUGGCAUCAACAAACACUUGAAGAUAGAGUUCAGUGAUGUUUUGGCGGAGCCCGUGUCCACACACAGCUACGACCGCGUGUGGGUGUACAGCGGCAUUGGGUUCGAGUCCACGAGGCUGUGGGGUUACCGCUGCCUCACAGCGCUGUGUGCGGUUCCCCUCUCCUGUCUCUGUGGCUGUCUCUUUGCCCUCCUGGCCUGUAUGCACAUCUGGUGUGUGAUGCCCUGUAUCCAGGUGUGUCAUAGCUGCCUGCCCUGUGUGAGGUCACUGUGGAUGAGUGCGGUUAAUAUCUUCAUCGCUCCGUUCUGCACAUCUGUGGCUCGCUGUUGCAGUGGCGUAUAUGUGGUGUUCUCCAAAGAGUGAUGAAACACAGGAAGGAAUUUGAGGAAGCUUGUCAAAUUAAAUAACAAAACAAAACAUGAAUGCUUGGAAUACCUGAAUGGAUUUUGUUGUUGUUGUUGUUAUUUGAAGCUAUGUUUAAAUAACCAUGAGACAUUCAAAGAAGAGGAUUACAUGUUAUUAAAUAGAUUUUUAUUUAAUAACCUUUUAUAUGUAUUUUUAAUUCAUCUUAAUGUAACAAAUUCUGCAUAGGUUUGUCUACGAAAUUACAAUAUAACCUUUUUACACAGAAUCUGCUGAUUUUUCUUUUUCCAGAUGUUUGAUAUAAUGAAUGUCUGCUUUAAUGCUGUGUCAUACAUGUAUUUGAUUAAAACCAUGUAGCCUGCA